CGGCUACCUACCUUCUCAAUUUACUUCCCACUACAGUCACUCAAAAACGUACUCCCUAUGAACAUCUCUUUUGUCACAAACCUACCUACACACAUCCGUGUGCUUUUGGUUGCCUUGCCUACGCCAAAGAUACUACCUUUCACCUGGAUAAGUUUGCUGAAAGGAGGAGAGCAUGCGUUUUUAUGAGCUAUCCAACGACUCAAAAAGGGUAUCGUGUCAUGGAGCUAGCCAUCCGACUGUUGUUCACUUCUCACGACGUGGUCUUUGUGGAAGACCAGAUUCCUUUUGCUCCUUCAUUUGGGCACCGUGAGCUUUUGUCUCUCGUCCCUCGUCAUUAAGCAUUUUAUGCAUAGAAAGAUUUGCUCCUUUCUCACACUCCCCCAUACAACUCAAAGUUGCCAGUGACUCCUUCCCCACCCCCAGGUGAGCAACACCUCAUCUUGACCCUCAUGUUGAGCUCCUAAUUUGUCGCGGCGAUCGUGCAAGUCGUCGUUCGGAUUUUUGGUUCAAAAUUAUGAGGUCGACCUUCUUUCCUCUAACACUUGUCAUACCUCUUAGAGUAAAUACUCUUUGAGUGUUGUUGUUAGUUAUGCACAUUUGUCUCUUAAUCAACGUGCUUAUGUUGCAGCAAUUUCCAAAGUGGUCGAGCCCUGUUCCUUCUACGCCUUGCAGGUUGUCGUCGUGUCCCUGGAAGCUAAGGACACGUGGGGUUUGUAGAUUCCACCCCCUGGAAAGUGCAUUAUUGACUCAAAGUGGGUAUACAAGAUUAAAUAUAGUCGCGAUGGGAAUAUCGAGCGCUACAAGGCUUGAUUGGUAGCAAAGGAGUUUCCACAGGUUGAGGGAGUUGACUUCUAUGAUACGUUUUCACUUGUGGCUAAACUGGUCAAUGGUCAUUGUUUUAUUACUCUUGCGGCUUAGCGUGGUUUGUUCUUGCAUCAACUAACCGUCAAUAAUGCUUUCUUUCACAAAAUUUUGGAAAAAGAUGUUUGUAUGUGUGUUCCGCGCGUCUUUGCUCGUAUGGGACACCACUGAGUCUGUCGUUUGAGAAAGUCUCUAUAUGGUCUCUAGCAAGCCUCCAGGAAUUGGUACGCAAAGUUCAUCAAUGAUAUUAUUAGUUAUGGUUUUAAAGUGUCGUGUGCUGAUCACUCUCUUUUUACUUAUUCGAAAGGGGAUGUUUCCUCGUUGCCCUAAUUUAUGUUGAUGACAUAAUUUUGAGAGGCAAUUCCUUACUAGACAUCUAGAAAGUCAUGGAUUUCCUAAAUCAGCAGUUCAACAUUAAAGAUCUCGGGGAGCUGAUGUAUUUCUUAGGCAUUGAAGUUUCGCGUUCUUCCAAUGGUGUCGUUCUUACUUAGCAUAAGUAUGCUCUAGAUAUUCAAAGUGAUGCAUGCGUGACUGGAGCACGCCCUUGCCAAUUUCCGGUAGAGCAGAAUGCUCGCUUCACACUUCUAAAAGGUGAGGAUGCGGCAGAUCCCUCCGUGUAUCGUCGUCUUGUUGGUCAUUUGUUGUACUUUAUAGUCACUCGUCCUAAUAUUAUGUAAUGUUGUGAAUAUUCCGAGUUAAGCGGGUAUGCGGCAGGUUCAUGUUGACGCUGCCAACCGGUGCUUCGCUAUCUCAAAUGAGCACUAGGACGUGGUUUUUUCCCCCUCGCAGGCACACCUAUUUUGUCUGCCUUUUGUGACGCUGAUUGGGGUGGAUGUCAGCAAACUCGGCAUUCGAUUUCAUCACUUUGAGAGCUAUUCCGAUUUCUUGGCGAACCAAGAAGCAAACGGUGGUAGCUCGUUCUUCAACUGAAGCAGAGUAUCGCGCGAUGACCAGCACCAUAAGCGAAGUCAUCUGGCUUCGUUGGCUGCUGCUAGAGCUUGGAGUUCGGUCGACUAUCCCUACUCCUCUUCAUUGUGAUUUGUGACAAUCAGGUUGCAUUGCAUAUCGCAACCAAUCCAGUUUUUCAUGAACGGACCAAACAUGUGAAUAGGGAUGACUACUUUGUGCCUGAGCACAUUGCAUUCUUAGACUUUUCCCUGCAGAAGAUAUCUACAUAUGAGCAAUUGCCAAUUAAUCCAUUAAAGGCUUGGGUGCCGAGCAGUUCAUUUAUCUUCGUUCCUUGGCAUGCUCGACAUUCAUUCCUCUGGUUUAGAGCGUUCCCUGAUUGCAACUUUGGCUAGCUCCAUUGCUUCAUACAAAUAUCCUGUUGUAGAUCCAUCACCAUCUACCAAACGAAGAACACGAUUCAAAGGCUCCAAAAUACUCAAGACUUCUUAUCCUUGAAUCCAAAACUCAGGAUCCUGAAUAAUACUUGUAACCUUUUUUGCUGCUUCUUUCUUGCUAUAAUCUAGACCUCUCCAUUCCGCAGAUGCAACAAAUGGACGCAAUUCAUUCUCCACAGCAAAUAUAGAUUGAAGCAUCAAAUAGUUGGAAACAAACCUGGUCACACAUGGGCGCUUCAACUCCUUGUUGUAGCUUCUCUCAUCAGUGUCAACACAAUAGUGUGUACUUAUACAUAUAAGUAACUAUAGACUUCGCAUGAUCAUAGACAUCACAGACCCAAUGAACAUUUUCAUAUAUAUCACUAAGAAGAAGUUGAAUUCCAUGAGCUGCACAACGCGUCUUAUACAUACGCGGAUACUUUCCAAUAAGCAUAUCACCAGCUGACUCAAAAUUGGAAGCAUUAUCGGUAAUGAACUGAACCACAUGAUCAGCUCCAAUGUCAUCAAUAACAGAAGACAUACUAUCUUUAAGAAAUAAGCCGGUCUUUCGAUCUUGAGAGAUAUCAAAGGAAUUUAAGAAUACUGCUCCUCCUAGUGAAUAUGCAAUAAUAUUGAUAAAAGACCGCUGCUUCAUAUCAGACCAUAUAUCAGACAUCAAUGUACACCCAGAUGUCUCCCAUGGUUGCUUCACUUUUGUCACGUAUUCUUCAACUUUUUUUUUUUUUUUUUUUGCAUUCAGGAAUCAAUUUUGCACGAAGAGUUGAAUAGCUUGGCAAUUUAUAACCAAUACCAUACUCAGCAACACCCCUCACGAAAUCAACAAAGCUAGGAGUUUGAACAACAUUAAAAACAACAUUGUUCAAAACUAUGUGUCUAGCUAGCAAGUUAUCAACACCUUUUUUUCCCCUUGAACAUGCUUGGAACAGAUGAUUGUUGCAAACCUAUUGAUAUGGUAGAUGCACAAGAAUUAUCAACCUUCUGGUUAAGGUUGCUUGAUCCCCAUCAUUUUUAGCUUUCUUUUGUGAACGAUUGACAGCUAAAUAGGCUUUUGCUUGAACAUUUUCGGGGACCUUCUUGCAAAUUUCUAUAUCCCGUCCUCUAAUUCUAGGGACACCUCCAGCAAAAUCAAAUUCACAAAACUUGCACUUGAAUCUUCCAUUUAGCUGAUCGCCAUAAUCCCAAAACUUGUCCUUUUUCCGAACCAUAACUUCGACGCCCUGACACAAAUGUAACAUAUCAUAUUAAUGAAUUUGCUGUAUAAGACUAAAACUCAGAAUUUACUCGGUAGAAAUAUAAAAAUGGAUGAGACUUGGGAGAAAGAAACAAAGGAUUAACGUGGCCUACAUGCCUGCUGCCAUGCCAUCCUUCCAAUUAUCAAAUUAAAAAUAUUUUAAGUUUUAAAGUAAAAGAUGCAGACAAUAAUCACAUGGGAAAAUCUCCCAAGUUAAGCCAUGUAAACAACUAAACAUCUUAAUAAAGAAUUAUGAAAGUU